AUGUCAACGGCAGAGGAACAAGAGCUUCUUGCUCAGAUCAACCGCUUGGAGAGUCGCAUCCAUCGACACAAAAACCAACACAGCCAGCCUCCUGCCUACUCGAGAGGCAUCUACCGAACUGCUCCAUACUCUCGUGGUUAUCGUGGUGCCCGCAGCCAUGCGCCAACCUACCGCAACAAGACACUGGUGCUGAAUGGACAAGCGCGUCCCGAUGCGACGGCUACGCAUACGGAUGCUAAUAGCAGCGGUGCCGCCUGGGUCAGCCGUACUGACCGUCACCUCCAACUCAUCAACAGCUCUGUCUUCGAGAAGGACUCUCAGGCUCGAGCUUCCGCCAUGGAGGAGACGCAGCGCCUGAAGCACCUGAAGAAGGAGCAGAUGGAGAAGAACCGCUUCCUGCACUACGUCCGCCAGAAUGCUAGCAGCAUCCCGUCAGCUGUUGCUGCUCCAAACGCCGCAGCUUCAAAAUACGAGAUAACCGUCGAGGGCAUACGUUUCCAGAUCACUAAGCAAGGCAGCAAGCUCGUCCGCGCACCAGAUAACCCAUCCUCCGCAACGCCCCGGUUAGCUACCAUCGGUGGCGUCAGGUUCUAUCGAACGAAAAAUGGGAACCUAGUUCGGCACGGUAUCGCCAAAGCACAACGAAUGGCAGGCGGAAUCAAAAAGGUCAACGUGCCAUGCAAGACCUUCUCAUGGACCGGUUCCUGUCUUAAAGGACCCAACUGCCGGUUCAUCCACGAUCCCUCAAAGGUGGCUAUCUGCCGCGACUGGCUUUUCAAGAGCGACUGCCCCAACGGCGAUGCUUGUGACCUUUCGCACGAGACAACGGAGGAGAGAACGCCUCUUUGCGUGCACUUUGCCAACGGCAAAUGUAAUAAUGACUCUUGUCCGUACGUUCAUGCUGAACAUUCACAGACUGAUCCAGUGUGCCGAGAUUUUGGCUUGAGUGGCUACUGCGAGCGAGGAGCCAAGUGCCCCGAUCGCCACGUCUUUGAGUGUCCUGAUUUCAGCAACAGCGGUGCUUGUAAGAACAAGGGUUGUAAGCUGCUCCACCGGGAGAGGGCCAGCGUGCUCCGCCACCGAGCAACAACUGCUGGAGACAAUGACGAAGACAUGCCUGAUCUUUCCAGCGAUGACGAGGGAGAUGGCCCUGCUCCCGAUGAUAUUGAUUCCGAUGAAAUGGAGGAGUUCAUAGGACACGACGACCAAGUCGACGAACUGGAUUUCUCCAAGGACUACAUCGGGUUUUAA